AACCACAAUCGCAAUUUUGUACGCUAACAUCGUCGCAACAAGCACACAUAGUAGCAACAUGAUCACAAAGGUGGCGUUGGUUCUCUGCUUCAGCAUCUCGCUGUCCGUUGCCGCACCCGGUGACAUCUACAGCCAUGGCGGUCUCAGUUUGCACGCGCCCAUUUCAAUCGCCGCCGCCGCGCCGGCCAUCACAUACGCAGCACCCAAAAUCCUUGCCGCCGCACCAGCCAUCAGUCAGCAGGUGAUACACGCACCAGCACCAGCUCUCAUCGCUCAAGCCGCGCCCACUUACGUUGCACAAGCCGCGCCUGCUAUCGCCGUAGCACCAGCGCCCACCAUCAUCAAAGCCGCACCAGCUGUUGCCGUCGCCAAGGUAAUCGAACCGGAGCCAUACGACCCCAAUCCACAAUACAGCUUCGCAUAUGGUGUAACCGAUCAUCAAACCGGCGACUCGAAAGCGGCUGAGGAAUCGCUCGUCAAUGGCGUCGUGCACGGCAGUUACUCGUUGACCGAACCAGACGGUUCCAUACGCAAGGUCACCUACACCGCGGACAAGAUUAACGGUUUCAAUGCUGUGGUUGAGAAGCAAGGUGGCCCCGCACCCGUAGCCGUAGUGGCCAAACCCGCUGUCGCCGUUGCCGCUGUGCCUGCCAUCACUAAGGUCGCUUACGCUGCGCCCGCCAUCGCCAAGGUGGCGUACGCUGCACCAGCCCUUGCCUAUGGUCACCACUAAGUGUGCCUCUGUUAACCUCACAUGCGUGUCGAGGUUGCUGAGCAUUAUUUAUCGUAAUUGUUUCGUGUUGUUGACCGCGCUGCUGAUCUAUGGACAUAUGACUUCUGAACCGAACAAAGGAACUUAUAUAUAACAGAAAUAUAUAUCUACAUAUAUAUAUAUACACAUAUAUUAAUAACUAAACAAUUUACUUGUUAACUUAUGAAAAAUACACUUAUAGUCUUAGCAGAGCGCU